AUGUCUAGCCUUAGCUUACCCGCUUCUUUAACUUUUGAUCCCACUUCUCCAAUUUCUAGCCCUGCUUCUUCAGAGGUUCUUGAUCCUGUUUCUUCAGAAAUUCCCGAUUUUAUUUCUCCAAUUCCUGAUCUUUCAGAUGAAAAUAUCUAUGAAAGUUACUCAGAAAAUGAUACUAUUAAUAAUGUUAUUAAAAACAAUAACACAAAAAAUUCAAAAAAAAGAACAGCACCGAUUCAUGAUUAUUUAAAUGAACUUGACGAUGGUACCCGUGUUUGUGAUGUAUGUUCUAACAUUCCUGACAUUAAAAAGCCCAGUAAAUGGGCUCCAGGUACAUCUUUAUCAAUGAUAUCACGCCAUUUUGAAAGUAAGCAUCCAAGCCUUUAUAGAGAUUUUAAAUGA